AUGAAUUAUAAGUCUAUCAUGCCUUAUAACAUUUCAGAUUAUCAGACCUACUCUUAAGAAAAUAAUGAUUAUGGAGAUAGUGUUGAGAAUUAAAAAGAUGCUAGAUUUCAUACUGAUGAAGUGCUUGAUACAGAUCCGAAUGAAAUUGUCUAAUACAGAAGUGAAGUUAAAAAUACAAGAAUUAAAGAAGAGAAUGGCAGUAACAUGGGAAGAACUUAAUAAUAAAAGCAGAGUGAUUUGAUUUUUAUGAGCAAGCGUCUUAAGUAGAAGAAAAAGAAAAAUAGAAGGCUGACCAUUAACAAUCAUCAUUUAUUACUCAGUUCACAGCAAUAGAAAAUGGAUUAGUCCAUAGGUUUGGUAUAGUAUAGUCAGAGUUUAAAGCAAAAUCUUAUAUAAAAAAGAUAGAAUUUCCUCAAUAGCAAUUAUUAUCAGUAAUCAGGUGGGGGAUAUCUCGAGAGUUAGGUUAAAGCAUUAGACAUUUUAUUUAACGAGACAUUAAACAAUAAAUCCUUUGAGAAGAGGAAAAACAUGACUUCUUAAAAGAGGAAGACUAUAGCAGACAAUUAAAAUUCAAACUAAGCAAUGGAUAUCAAUAAUCUCUUUCCAUACUUAGAGAAAAACCAUCCCUCUAAUUAAGAAAAUAAACAAAUAGGUAGUGUCAAACGCCAUCAAAGGCUUUUAACUUAGUAGUAGUAAAAAUAUCAUAGUAAUGAUGUGACAUCGAUUGAUAUAUAGAAAAAUUAAAUUGGAAUAAGUGAGGACUAAAAUCUUGAACUGUUAAAAGAGAAAUUGAAGCAUACUUAAAGGAUGCAUACUGCUGCAAAUUUCAACAGACAAAUAUAAGAUCAAUAGUCUUAAAGGUAUUCAAUAGUAACGCCUAUCAACAAUAUCGGACCAAUGAUAAGCAAGGAAUAUGUAACUCCAAGAGAUUUAGCCAAUUAUCGAGUAAAACGAAAUUUAUCCAUAAAAGAUUCUUUUUUGUAAGAUGAUAGAGAGAAAUAAGUUGGGAUUGAGGCUAAGCAUUUUAUAAAGCUGAAAGAUAGUUUGAGGAAUAGCGAUAACAGCAGUCGAAUUAAAGAAGCUGAAAAAUUACUAAGAGCUAGUAUAGAAUCCUGCAAACAUAUAAAGGAAGAUAAGAUUAAAUCUUAAGAUUGCCAAAGUCAGAUGGAGACUAUUAGAAGAAAUAACUCUUAAAAAAUAAUAGAAAAUCAUAACAGUAGAUACUCUUAAAUGAAUUUGAGUCCCUAAUAAUUUGAUUAAAAGACGAUUCCCCUUAAAAGCACUAACAGGAUAUUUACGAAGACAUCAGAUAACUUGAACACAUUAAGGAAUAUCAAUAAUUCUGAGUCUCCGAAUAAAUAAAUUAAAAAGGAAAAGAUAGUUAGAAACCUUUAGGUAGAGUAAAUAUUGUAUAAUCAGCAGAGAGCAUAAAUCAAAACUAACCAAAACAAUAAAGAUUGCAAACCUAGAGAUAUUGUACGCUAAUAUCUUAAAAGAAACCAUAAUAUGGGAGAUUAGAUCGUGUGCCUUGUAAAGACGAAUGAAAAUCAUUUGAGAAGAGGAAUGGAGCGCCGUGGAUGGUUUGAGAAUAGGAUUCUGACUUCAUGUAUGUUUGAUAUAAAGUUUGAAGUAUAGGACUAACAGGCAGAUUAUACAGCACUUAGACCGCAUCAAUUAUUCAAUCAUUUUCCAAAUAAUACAGAGCUCACUACUAAAUCUGGUUUGACAAAGAAUCUCUACACAUCAUAAAAAAGAAUCAUUACUUUCUAAAGCAGAGAAGUCAAAUCAAACUUGGUAUUAAAAUAUAUACAAAGAUAUCCAGAUGAUUAGCAAAUAGUCAUAAAAAAUAAGAUGCUAAACAAAGCUCUGUUGUUUUGCAAGUAAUAAAUAAGGAAUAAAAAUAUGAAUGAUCUGGUAAAAAGUGAUUUAAUUUAAGAGAAAGGAGACAAAGAAGAUUCAUCAGUAAGUGAAAAAUUAAAGAGGGCACUUGUUAAAUUCUCUUAAUAUAAUCAGCCUUACUAAGAUUAUCCUAAAUUGAGACAGAAAAUGGGUGUGUCUUAAGAUUGGGAUUAACCUAAUUUCUACUUCAUAUAUAGAAUCUAGAAAUGUCAUAAAACGCUUAAAAGAAAUUUUCCAUAAUACAGAGUUGAUGGAGUUAAAAAUGUAUGGAUAGUUAAGCCAUCUUAUAAUGCAAGAGGAUUAGGAAUAUAUUGUGUUGAUAAUUGCUAGGACUUUCUCCAAAACAAUCAGAGGAAGGUUCAAUCUAAAAUUGUUUAAAAAUAUAUUGAAAAACCAUUACUGCUUAAGUUGCCUUCAAUUCAUACGGAUAAAGCCUUUGAAAGGAGAAAGUUUGAUAUUCGGCAAUGGGUUUUGGUAAAUUAAUUUGAUCCUCUAGAGAUACAUGUGUUCUCAGAUUAUUAUCUAAGGAUUUGUGGUUCAGAGUUCAGUUUAAAUGAUAUACAAGAUAAUUUUAAGCAUCUUUCUAAUUUUACCAUAUAGAAAAAUAACUAGAGAGUAGAAAAUAAAGAUGAAGAGCUGGCAAUGAGUUAAAAGUAGUUUAUCGAGUAUCUUAGAGCUCAAAACUAUUAAGACGUUAACAAGAUAUAAGAAAGGAUUAAAAGAGACAUGAAUAAAAUUAUAAUUAAGACUAUUCAAUCAGUUAAGGACCAAGUUGAGAAUCGAGUUAACUGCUUUGAGAUUUAUGGAUUCGAUUUUAUAUUGGAUUACUAACUUAAUCCUUGGCUUUUAGAGGUAAAUUUGAGUCCAGCUUGUACUGAAAGAACCGAUUGGCUAACUGUGAUGCUUGAUGAUAUGACCGAUGGACUCUUUAAGAUUUUAGAAACUAGGCUUUUAAAAAUUAAUGAUGAUUAUGAUUAAGAUUUGAAAGCGAGACUGAUGCAAAGUUAAUUGUAAAGUUAGCAAUAGAAAGUCCAUACUUGGGAUUUGAUAUAUAAGCAAAAAGAAAUCUACUAAGUUAGCAAUAAGGAGUAAAUUAUCAUUUCAGCUCAGUAAAAUAUUUAUAUGAAAGACCCUAUAAAUUAGUUGGAAAUAUUUGGCAAGAAGUUAAAUCUUAAGAUUUACAGAAAGCUUUCCAGAUAUACCAAAAGAUGGUUAGCAGCCAUUAUCAUCUAAAAGAAUUAUAGAAGAUACAAGGCUAAAUAGCAGUUUUACAAACUAAAACUUAGACUUUUGGUCAUUUUUAUUCAGAGUUUUGUUCGAAUGUGGUUAGCAAAAAACAAGCUAAAAUAUUUGAAAUAAUCAAAAGCUGCAGAGAAAAUUUAACAGAAGUUGAGAAUGUAUAUUAAAUAGAAAAUAGAUAAGCUUGUUAAGCAAUAGAUAUUGGAUUAGCAAAUCAGAUUUGAUAUUGAUAAAGUCAUUUAUAUUUAGAAAUUCUACAAAAUUAGAAUAAGAAAAUUUAAUCAAGCCAAAUAAUUAUUAAAUUAAUCAGCUGUUUGCAUUCAAAAGCAUUUGAAGAGUUAUUUAUCCUAAAAGAAAAUAUUAAGGCAAAUUGAUAUUAAGAGAAAACACUUAAUAAGAGAACAAUUGAGAGUUAGAGUAGAGUAAAGCAGUCUUAAAAUUUAAAAAUAUCUCCGAUCUCAUCAAGCAAGGAAAAAAGUUUAGAGCAUGAAAUAAAAAAGAAAAUUAACACUUAAGUUUGAAUAAAAAAUAUUGAAUUGGGUAUUGAAGAUGGAGUAGAAAGUGCAGCAAUAAUGCCUGAUUAUUUGGAAAUUCUAAGUCAAAGCUGUUGUUAUAUAGAAAUACCUUAGGUCUUAUCGAGAAAAGAAGAAAAUUGGAAUUUUAUUACUUAAGAAAUAAUAAUAGAAUAGAUUUAUUGGAUAGCAUUUGAACAAAUUAAUUCAUGAAAAGUAAAAGAUGAAUUUAAAUCAUAAUUCAGCCUCACUUAUUCAAAGAUAUCUAAAGGGCUUCAUUAUCUAUAAAAUGACAAAAAAGCAACUGCAUAAACAAAGACUUUCAAAUGCUUAAAUAACAAGUUUAGUGACUGACUAAUAUAAUAUCAUUAGUGAUGACAACAAUUAGGAAAUAUUGCUAGAAGUUGAUUAUCUAAGGGUCCCGAGUAAUUAAGAUAUUUUAAAUCAGACAUUUGAUGUCAAAGAAUUCUAAUAGAGAGUUAUCAAACCUUUGCUUAGCCCAACUCUUCAUGAUCUCCAUAAUAUGAGGAUACAUUCAAAUAAAUCACAAUCAGUUUCAAAUUCAAGACCUAGGACACCAUCUGUGUAUGGCUUGAAGAAUCCAUCUCUUAUUGAUGCCUAUGCUCAUUUGAAGAGUCAAUAAAAGAAAAUCAUUUUAACUAAUAAUGCUUUGAUAGUUAAGUAAGUAGCCAAACAAGUUUAGUAGCAAAUAGCAUUGACAAAGCAAAAGAAUCAAAAUUUCGCUUUUGUAAAUUUAAAUAAGAAAAAUGGGAAAACUAAGGGCAAAAAAUAUAAAAAAAUAAAACUAAUUAACUAGGAUAAAGGCGGUGGAUUUGUGGUGAAUGAAGAAUAGCUUAUUUAAAAGUUGAAUCAGCUUUACUAAUAAAGAGAUGAAAAGAAAUUGAUUAUUUAAUCAUAGACCCCAGUAUUCUCAGCUAAGGGCGCAUUAAGAACAGAAAUAUCACCUUUGGUUGGAAAAUUUAAACAUUAGUAAAAUUAGAGUAAGAAGGUACCAGGUGAAUUGCUACUUUCUGAUGAAUAGACUUGUAAAACUCCCUCAUCUCUAAACAGAAUGAUUGAUCCAAAGAUAAGUCUUUCAACACAGCCGUACAAAAACAUGAAUUUUAAGGCCUCAAGCAUUAACCCCCUAUCAUAAUCUCAAACCAAGUUGUCUCAAAAUAUUCUUGGUGACUUUAAAAUAUCUGAAUUUCGCAAAGAUACCAAAUAGAUAACUACUUUGUUAAGUGGCAUCAAUCCCCAAAUAGCUUUAAGUCAAAUAAAGUUCUCUAAAAGGAAAAGCAGUGUUAAUAACUUUGGAAAGAAAGUAGAUCUUAAUCUAAAAGAGACAUAAUUCUCAAUGGCUAAAUUUAGAAAGAGCAGUUAAAAGCAAACAGAUAAAAAGCAGAAUGACUUAAGAAAAAGUUCUAAGGAUGGUGGAAGUAAGUAUCUUCCUUACUAUGAACAGCAUGCAGGGGCUGAUCUGUAUCAUAGAUAUCAAAGUUGA